GACCGCUCUGAAGGCAUCCACGUAUCACGAUGCACCCCGCUCUCCUCAUCUUGGGACUGGGCCUCGGGGUCCAUGCCCUCUACGAGGACGAUGAGCUGCUCUUCGACACCUUCCCCGAGGGAUUCACCUGGGCGGCGGCCACCUCCGCCUUCCAGAUCGAAGGCGGGUGGAAUCUCGACGGGAAAGGAGAAAGCGUCUGGGAUAAAUUUCUGCACGACUCAUGCGUGGCUCCGGAAUGCGCGAACGGGGAUGUGGCAUGCGACUCCUACCACAAGUGGGAGGAAGACAUCCAGCUCCUCGCGGGGAUCGACUAUUAUAACGACCUGAUCGACGGACUCCUCGCCGACGGCAUCCAGCCCAUGGUGACGCUGCACCACUGGGACCUGCCGCAAGCCCUCGAGGAUCGCGGCGGCUGGCUCAACGCGGAAGUGCAAGACUGGUUCGCCGAAUUCGCGAGACUCUGCUUCCAAGAAUUCGGCGAUCGCGUCCGUCUUUGGAUCACCAUCAACGAGCCGUGGGUCGUCGCGUGGCUGGGUUACGGGAACGGACUCAACGCGCCGGGCGUCGGGGACAGUCCGGGGAUAAAGACCUACGUGGCGGGGCAUAAUCUUCUGCUGGCGCAUGCGAAGGCGUAUCGGAUCUACCACGAGGAGUUCGCGGCGGUUCAACAAGGGAGGAUAGGGAUCACGCUGAACUCGAACCUGAGGGAGCCAUUGGACCCGGAGAAUCCGGAUGACGUGGAGGCGGCUGCCGUGAAGCAGGAGUUCGAGCUGGGCUGGUUCGCGGAUCCCGUCUACUUCGGGGACUACCCGCAGUCCAUGAAGGACAAGAUAGCAGAGAAGAGUUCGGCGCAGGGAUUCCUCCAGUCCCGCCUCCCCGAGUUCACCGACGCCGAGAAGGAGCUGCUGCUCGGGAGCUCGGACUUCUUCGGGCUGAACGCGUACACGUCCUUCCUCGCGGCGUACAGCCUCAAGCCGCUGGAGUGCGUGAGCUACGAGUGCGAUUCCGACGCGGACGAGUCGCAGGACUCUUCCUGGUACAGCACCGGAUCGGGCUGGCUGAAGCUGUACCCACAAGGAUUCCGGAAGCUGCUGAAUUACAUCAAGGACAGAUACGGAAACCCGGAGGUGAUCGUGACGGAGAACGGGAGCAGCGACACGGCGGGGAACCUCGACGAUGCUCUCAGGGUUUAUCAGCUCAAGCAUUACCUCAAUCAACUCUUGAAAGCCGUGAAAUUGGACGGGUGUAACGUGACGGGCUACGCGGCCUGGUCUCUCCUGGACAAUCUGGAAUGGGGAGUCGGAUACUCGCAGAAGUUCGGUCUUCACUUCGUGGACUUCUCCGAUCCGGAGAGACCCCGAACGCCGAAGAAGUCUUCUCGCUUCUACCGCCAAAUCAUUCGGGACAACGGCUUCGUCGAAGAAAAUAUUUGCCCGUAUUGAUUUGACUCAGAGAAAUUUACCAUCGAGAAAUAAACAGACCUUCGCCGAACGACAAACACAA